AUGGGUCCCAAGGCUGUGCAAUACAUUAAUCAGCUGGACCAUGCCCGCUGCGACGGCAACUGGGACCUCGUCCCGGAGCUUGUUCGCAAAGUCCGCAAGCAUGCCCCCGACAGAGCUUGUCUCGCAUUGACGGCCGAGACCGAAUGCGCCAUUGCCAAAACGACGGGAGCUGCAGCUCACACUAACACCGAAGGCCGGCCAACAACUGCUAUAAACACAGGCGAUGUCAAUGUUACAGAUCAACUACCGAAGCUCGAAGCGGCAAUUGACGAGGAAGCCGCCCACGAGAACGACAGAUUCCAGGCUGAGGUAUGCGCGGGUUGGUUGCACUGGACAUUAGGAGACUAUAAUCUUUGUGUCAGUCGACUACCCGAGAACAACUUGGAGGAAGGCGAGAUCAACCCAGCCGACAGAAGUGCCGAAUGGACGAGUGUUUGCUCACUUAAAGCUGCGUAUCUCAAAGCUAACUGCCUUGCGCGCAGCGGCGAGUUGAAGCAGGCACUCUCUGCCUACCGAGCCGGCCUUCCAUCACUUGGACGAGUUUGGGCAGAACAAGGCAUGGGAAGACAGCUUCGCUACUGGUCAGAACUGUUCCUCACAGAAUAUUGCAUGCUAUCAGGCGAAGCAUACCGAAGCAACGAAAUCACACAGGUCGACGCUGAUUCAAUGGCGGGUUAUCGAGCGUGGGCAAGAUUUUGGGAUACUAUGUCUACUCCCGUCACAGGAGGAUACGGAUUUAAGGGUUCCGUACCUCGAAGAACGGUAUGGAGAGAGUACUACUUUGCCCUCUCGUCGAUUGUUGAUACCGAUCAACCUUUUCCUACCGGGUUUGUGAGCAACACAGCGGGCGACCUUUCACCUCGGAAUCAGCUGCGCAUUGAGCUCAAGCAUGCCGAGGCUACGUACCAGACACUUUUGCUAGGCGAGACAUCCUUCCCCAGAGCCGACGAGGAGCGCGAGGAAGUCGAAGCGUUUGUCAAUCAGGUACUACGAAACUGGUCUAUUCUUUGUGGACGAGGAUGGAGUGAAAAGGACCUUGGUCAGGGUGGACGAAGCAGCCUGAGCCGUGGAGUUCUUGACAUUCUUUACAGUGCUGCCAUGAAGACCUAUCAUUCAACAUCUAUUCUUCGGUCUCUCUUCCUCGUCCACCUUUCGGUCGCCGAAUUCGACCUCGCUUUCAAGGCCUUCGACUCCUACCUUGAGAUUGUCAAAAAGGGCAAGGCUCGUGUUGACAAAACCGGACUUGUUGAACCUAGCCUGGACGACGAUGCGACCGUUCUCGAAACAAUCUCGCAGUGUAUUUUGGCCCUCUGUCGAUAUGGCCAACGACCUGCAGCGGAAAAGGCGCACCAGCUUGGAUCCGAGCUCGAAGACUGGUUGGCUAAGUUACCGCAGAUCACCUCGCAAGAUAACCCCACGCCUGUAAUCUCGGAACACAAUGAGCUUAGCGCUUCACAUCCGCCUGUGGCACCGCAUACUAUUGCCCUUGCAUGGCAAGCUAUUGGCUUGUCCCAGGCUCAUUGGUCAAGAAUCACAUAUGAAGCCUCGGCUAGAACCGAAAUUCAACAAAAAGCUAUUCGCUGUCUAAGGAAGUCUCUUGCAGCUGAGCUUGGGCGCUCAAAGGAUAUUAGGAGCUUUUACGCUCUUGGCCUUCUAUUGGCUGAGCGAAGAGAGUUGACUGCUGCGAUUGAGACCGUCAGAACUGCCUUGACAGCAAGCAAGGAUCAGGAAGAGAACUACGAUCUGGUGUAUGGGCCAUAUUGGCAAGAGCGUUCUCUUAUUCCUGUUUGGCAUCUACUGGCUCUCCUGCUCAGUGCUAGGCAAGAUUAUAGCAUGGCCGCGAGGGCUUGCGAGGGUGCUUUGGAACAGUUUAAAGAUACUACAGUUCUGUUUGGUAAGGCCGACCAAGCCUAUAGAAGCGAGCACCUCAACGAGGCGGAAAAGGAUACUUCGACAGAAGACAAACAUGGCCUAGUCGAUGAUAUGGAUGAUGGUGAAAAGGAGAGCAUCCUGGAGGUGAAGAUGACACAACUUGCAUUGGUCGAGCUACUUGAAGGCCCAGACGUGGCUGUAAAUGCCAGCUUCGAAUUGCUGACUCUCUUCUCGAGACUGUUUGGCAACGUUGCAGCCCAGCCCAAUCUAAACCCUCCCAAGGCCGUGGAACCACCAAAAACUUCUGGCACGCUUAGGAGCAUUAGGGGAACCAUCUUUGGCGGCCACGAUCGAUCCAGACCACCUACGAGGCAGGUCUACACUGCCGCGGGUGACAGGAACCCCAGACCUCAAACUGCAGCGACCAUGCGCAGCAGUGCGCCGACGAUUCAGGUUACGGGAGAUAAUGGAUCCCUAGCAGAGUCGCGACCAAGGACAUCAGCAUCUUCAGUGCGUCGUAAUAGAAGCGCUACAGGUAGAAGCAACAGUCUGAAGAAGCGCGAUAGGAGCCAUAGCCGACAGCGAUCCUCUAGUAUUGGGGCUAUCUCGUCUGCCCAUGGACCUACAGUUGUCGAUGGAGAUGUCUUUUUCACACCAGCUGGUCCAAACGGCGAGGUUGAAGAAAACGAGCAGCAAUCGGACUUCUUUACCUACUCAAGUAAACGACACUCCGCAACGAGAGGCUCAUCUUUCUCAAGACGGCCUGUGGGACACCUUAACUCGUAUCUCUCAACGCAAUCGAAGUCAACUGACUACUCUGAGCUGUCAGUUGACAACGCUUACGCAUCCACCUGCAUCUUACCACUGGUCCAUUUCCCCAAGGAUAAGGAGAGGGCUCAGCGAGUGGUUCUUUUGAUCAGAGUUUGGCUCAUGAUUGCUGGUUUCUACCGCAGGGCAGGCAUGAGGGAGGACGCCAAAGGAGCUAUCACAGAAGCACAGCGACUUAUUCAGAGCCUUGAGGCUGAUUUGGCUAGGGAUCCAUCUGGUUCAGGUGCUCUCAAACCUCCUAGCUGGGCCGAAGAGAAGACCGUAGAGGACCUAUGGAGUGAUCUAUACGCAGAGCUUGGUCAACUAUCUCUGUCAAAGGGAGCCCCCUACGCAGCCCGUAAUGACUUUGAAACCGCCCUCACACACACGCCAAACCAUCCUACCGCAAUCAUCGGCCUUUCUAACAUUCUGCUCGAUAUUUACAGUGAAGAUCUCCUCCCGCCACCUCCGAUUCCGCCUUUGGAGGAUGCUUUGCUCAACCUCAACAUGGGAAAUAGCUCAAAGUCAAAUUCAGACAGUCAAGCAGUCUCUCCCCUACCUUCGACAUCUCUCGGCCUGGGCCCUUCAUUAGGAACCCAAUUUACUCCCAAGGAACCCAUGGACGAUGACGAACUUCCUGCCGCGUACAAGGCCACCCGUCUACCGCUUGUCGACCGUCUUGCGGCUCGUGAUCGUGCGUAUGCCCUCCUUUCGACACUCACCAAGCUCGGUUCCGGCUGGAACUCAUCUGAGGCGUGGUUCACACUGGGCCGCGCCUACGAAGAGAGUGGCCAGCCUGACAAAGCAAAGGAGGUGCUUUGGUGGUGUGUGGAACUUGAAGAGGGAACUGGUGUUCGGGACUGGCGCUGCUUGACUGGGGGAGGUUACAUUAUUUGAUGAGGCUUUUGGGGUUCAGACAAUAUCCAUUAGGACUCUUUGAACGGAGAAAACUUCCAAUGCCCUAUGUUGCUCAUUUUUCAGCCGUUGAUACUGUGUUCCAUGGAGUGGUACUACGCUUAUAACUCUUCUCUUCUCUUCGAUACAACACUCUGAUAAUUUACUUGUGGACCUCGUGCAGACACUCAUCAGACACUACCUUAUAGACUUUUAACAAGAUCUUGUCAAUUUUAUGAUUCAGGGGGGUAUUUUAAGCAUAAUUUAGUCACAAACUUCAACUCGGUUGGUGAGAAUCCUACGUUGCCUACUCGAGAAUUCUGGAUAAUAGUGUUCA